GCCGGGCUGCCCGGGUCAAGUGACACUCAUGAAUGAUGGGAGUAAGGCUGUUGAUUCUACCAUUGAUGUUUCUUUCGAUUUGCUUUUUUAUAAUGUCCAAUGCCUUCGAAAUAAGGUGAAUGAGUUGGAAUUGAUUGUCAGCACGAGCAGGAGGUACAAAAUACUGUGUUUGUCUGAACACUGGAUGUGCCCUGAGGAGCUUAAACUUUUGAACAUCUCUAACUAUAAGUUAGCUGCUUUCUAUAGUCGAAGUGAGUACCAGUGCGGUGGUGUGGCCAUUUUCAUUGAUGUUGAUUUGCAUGCCCUAUUUGCAUGUGUUGAUGUUACCACACAUUGCAUGGAUAAGGCUCACGAAUUUGCCUGUGUUUCUUAUGAGCUUGCUAGACUGUAUAUUGUUCUGGUAUACCGCUCCCCAGCUGGGAAUUUUGAGAACUUCCUCCUCGCCCUUGAGAAACUUAUUGCUGACCUUACCAGGGUAAACCCAAGCUUUGAGGUUGUGAUCGGAGGUGACUUCAAUGUGGAUCUACUGAAGGCUGAUAACAGGGCUAAAGAUUUUAUCAAUCUCCUUCGAUCCUUGGACAUGUAUCUGGCCAACUGGCAGCCCACUAGACUCGAUGCUUGCCUGGACAAUGUGGCUUCAACCCUGAGGAUUGAUGACUGCAUUAGGUGCUCUCCCUUAAACCUUUUCCUCAGUGACCACCUGGCACUCGAAUGCACAGUUGAGGUGUCCGGUCUGGUGUCUGAGCCUGUGAGGCAUCAGCGGCAUGUUUGGGUGAGGCCCAUUACACAGUGUGGACAGCAACGUUUCCUCCAGCUCCUGGAUAACAUCAACUGGGACCUGCUGUUGGUUCACCCCUGUGCUGAGCUGAAUUUUUCAUCAUUCUUCAAAGAGUUCCUGUGCAUAUUCAAUGGCUGUUUCCCUCUAAAGAGGAUCCUCCAGGGACAAAGUAAGAGGCAUGGAGUGGCCUGGGUCACAGAUGGACUGCUUGAUAUGCGUGACCUGAUGCUUGUGGCUUAUGAGAAAUUUCGAGCUGAUAGACUUCCAUCUUCGAGGAGAAUCUACUCUGGCCUGAAAAAGUCUUACCAGCAGGCAGUUAGGAUGGCCAGAUUGCAGUUCAACUCUGCACUUAUUGACCGGUCUCCCAAUAAGUGCAAGGCUGCCUGGAGUAUUAUCAGAGCAAGUACGGGUUCUUCAGUGCCGUCUACUAUUCCUGUUUCUGCGGAUGACCUGCAUGACACCUGGACUGACUCGAUUCAUAGGAUCCGUGGGGGGAUCCAAGCUUCCUCCUCAGUGGCGGUGGACCUGCUGGCUGCCUCAGUUCGCCCUCCGGACUCUCAGCUCCUGACCUGGCGCCCUGUGACGUGUGAGGAUGUUCUACGGAUUGUGACUAGCUUGAGCAAAUCUUCAAAGCAUUGUCCUGUAUGGCCUCACGCUUUGGGGUGGAGCCACAGAUGUUUCACGAGUGUUACUCAUUCAGAAGAGGGCCCUGAGGAUCCUUUGUGGUGCUGAGCGUCUUGCCCAUUGUCGUCCCCUCUUUGUGAGAGAGAGAAUCCUCACAGUCUUCUCCCUCUAUGUACUUCAGACCCUCUGCAGAACACAUGCAAAUGUGGGGGAGCUUGUAACAAGGCAGAAUUUUCACUCACAUGAGACUAGAGGGAGACAGAGGCUGGAUGAGCCCUACCAAAGACUGAGCAGGACACGAUCGAGCUAUGGUCAUCUAUCUGUCAGGCUCUUCAACAAGCUGCCGGUGAUGGCUAGGAAUCUGCCUGCCGGCAAAUUUCGGAGGGUCCUGAGAGACUUAUUGCUGAAUAAUCCUUUGUACUCACUCCGUGAGUUUUUCAUGUUGGACAGCAGCUUG